UUAAUAGCAUUAAUCAAAUUAGAACUUAUUUCAUAAGUUUCGAAGCAUAAAUAUUCGUCAUUACAUUAAAUUCGCGACCGUUGGAAACCGAACUUUCGCCUCAUCUUUCCGGUGGAAACGUUCAAAAAUCGAACUAACAACUGGCAGAAAAUUUAAUCACUUCGUGGUGACGAUGACGAAGAAGUGAUAAGAAUUGUUUCAUUUUAUUAUUUUUUGCUCUCAAGUUUUUACUAAUUUAUUUGAAAUUCAUUUAAUCUACCAUGGCCGAUCCGAAGUAUGCUAAUCUGUACGGAAUUGCACACGAUCAACCCGAUGUAUACGAAACCAGUGAUCUACCCGAAGUUGACCAGAUUACAGAUAUUUUCGAAGAAAAAUCCGAAGCCAUCGAAAGACUUUCUAUAAGUGGGCCAGAUGCAUUCAAUUUAUUCAAAGGAAAAGAAGCCGAUGCCACCACCGUUGACUUUUCUCGCGUUAGGAAAUCACGCAUUGGUAGCUAUAAUAUCAGAUCACACGAUUGGGAACUAGCUGCAGCGGAUGAAGAAGAAACACAGUUACAAAAGUAUAAUCGUCUCAAAUUAGAAGUGGAAAAUCUCAUUGCAGAAAUAUCUAGUUUUUCGCAAAAUAAAGAAAAAGAUCUGACCGAGUUAUCUGAUAAUCUACAAAUUUCUACAAACUCUGCUCAAGAUUUACUUAGUAAAAUCGCUGAUUUGAAAUUGAUUGAGAAAACUGGAAAGGGAUCUUCAACGAGUGAUUCUACUUCCGAAGGAACUCAGUUUAUGAAAUUAACGAAUCAUUUGAACGGUUUACGAGAAAAAUUAGAAAACAAAGAAAUUCCAGAGAAAGAAUUAAACGAAGUGAACGCUUGUGUAGAAAAUACUGCUCAAUUUCUGCUCAAACUGAAACCCAAUCAGCGUACCAUGUUGAUAGCUCGAUCGACAGAGUUAGAACGUAAAAUCAGCAAACUGGAGAGUUUGAUUGGAUCCGGUGUCAGUUCUACCGUGCGUUUAUGUAACGUUAACGUAGACGAUGGGCUGCUAAAUUGUUGUCAGUGGAUGGUAGCUAAAUUAUCUCUAUUGGAUUCGACUCAAUUAGACGCGAUGGAAUGUAGAGUUGGUAAUAUAAAUUCGCGACUUGAACAGAUUCUAUCUAAUUUGAAUUCCGCUGCUCAAGACACAGAUAAAGAUAAGAAAAUCAACGAAUUGUACGAAUUAUCUACCAAAGUCAAAGAGAAAUCAGAAUUGGUUCAAAACGCAGUAGAACGAAUGACAGCUUUGGAGUCUUUACAUCAGCAAGGUAAAUUUACUCUGCAAACCAUCAGUCAUUUAGAAAAACUGCAAACCGAAUUAGCUCAAAAUUUAGCCAACAACGAAACUACAUUGAAUAACAUCAAACAAAGCAUGGCUGCAAAUACCGAAACCAUCAAUAAUAAUAUAGAAUCUUUGAAGAAAAGAAUCGAGGAUUUGAAAAAACCGAAAAAAUGAUUUAUCUAGUUCCGAGUUGAGCUUUUUUAAUUACUCUUUGUUUCGUCAGUCGUUUUAUCAACGAUUCGAUGCUGAAAGUUUUAUGUAUCUGUAUUCUUCAAUGAGCAAAUCGUUAAAUGCAUUAUUGCUCAAGUUCGAUACAGUAUUUUAUUAAACUCCUUAAAUCGCGGAGAAUUAAUUUAUUCGUAAUCCAUUCGCUUAUUCCUUUCCUGCCGUAAAAUCACCUGUAAAUUUACAGCGAUACAACUUUCUAAUUACGUACUUUUAUCGCAUUUAUACUUCGUAAUUGUGCCCGAAUUAUUUAUUUGAAAUAUAAAGUCAAGGGCAACUGUAAAUUAUAAUAUAGUUUUUUUAACAUUUUACAAAAAUAAACGAGUUUACUUUUAAA